UCUACGGUACUUGCGUGAACCGAAACAGUGUAGGAACGGUCAUACGACGAAAAGUGCGAGUAACGAGAUGCAUUUGUGAGUAACGUUUCGGUACUCGGUACUAGAUGGCGCACCCGUUACUCAGUAACGAAUACAUACGGUUCGCUACAGCUCUAUUAUGAAUUGCGCGACGCGGUUGUACCUCUAGUGUUUGUGAUAAACAAGUGAUUUAUAAGUGAGUAUUUUUAUUGUAUUGUUGCUUGUUCAUGCAACAAAAAUAAAUUAUGGAGCCACGAACUUCACGCAAAGAUUAUCUGAAUCACCAAUACUCUGGCCCCCGGAAAAGUCGCAAACGAGUUCUUGGACAAAUGAAAAGAUAUCAUGGAGAAAGCAAAAGUCGUAGUGAAGUGUGGCACAAAAAAAAGAAAACAGAUAACAAUCCUAUCCCUGGAAGUUUUGUAUUGGAUAAUACUGUCAAAACUUAUAGUAGAAAUAAUAAAAAAUAUCGCACUGAAGCUACCGAAAACAUACAAGGAAAAACUGAGCAAGAGCCAUCUACAUCGAGACGCACCGAGUGCGUCAGGCAGUUCCGGCCUAAGCGCGCAGGAAAUCAUAAUAAAACUUCAUGAAAAGAAUUGGUCCUAUAAAAAAAUAGCUGAUCAUUUGCAAUGCUCGAAAACGAUGGUUUUCAAUGCUGUCAGGCAUUUUGACACUUACCAAACGACUUCCAAUAUACCGCACGUACCAAAACCGAGAAAGACAUCUCAUCAAGAUGAUGAGAAUAUCGUUCGUCUGGCAAAACAAUAUCCGUUCAAAGGGUCUAACGAGAUAAGAAAAGAAUAUUUUGGGGAGAACAACCCUUCAGCGAUCUCUGCACGGACUAUUCGAAGGCGUUUGGUAGAAAAUAAGUUGCAUAAGCACGGAAGGAAAGCGAGGAAGUUGGUGUUCAAUCAAACUGAAAGCGCAGGCGCAACGCAACAACCUUCCACUGAGGAACUGCAAUCUUCUACCACUCCAAUCCAACCUUCCACUUCCACAUUUGGAGAGAUCAAGUACCAAACUUCCACUUCCACGGCUGAAGGAGUACAAUACCAACCUACCACUUCCAGGCACGAACAACUACCGUACCAACCUUCCAAAUAUUCCAUGGCCUGUGAAAAUAAGAAGAUAGCAUUGGAAGAGGUCAUAUUAAUAAAGGAAGAAAUAACUGAAGAAGAGAAGAACCAGUGUCGUCUCUGCCUGAGCGUCGGCAGGAGAAUGCAGGAGUUGGGCGAAUACGCGCUUUUGUAUAGGAAACUGCUGUUUGAGAACAACUUCCAGAACACCACCAUACCAAGUUUCAUGUACCAAAUACUGGCGUGUUGGGAGUGCCACGCUGAGUUGCGCAGGAUAGACCGUUUCCAGGACAAAGUGCGGAGAGCUAACAACGCGUUCGAGACCAACCAGAAUCGAAACUGCGAAAGCCUGUCCAACCUAUCCGCAAUAUUAAUAGGAGAAUACAAAAAAUCAGAGGCAGAGGAGGCAGAGGAUGCAGAGGAGGCAGAGGAGGAGCAAGAGAGUGAGAAGUUAAGUAGAGUGGAAGAAUGUGCGCAAGAGAUCAAAGAAGAAGCCGUCGAGGUCGAAGUAGAGGAGACCUCCUUGCCUGACCCUCUAGAAUUUAACCAAGAAGAUAGGAAAGCUGGAUGGAGAGCAGAAAUAGUCAAUCUGCAUCAACAAAAAGUAGCCAUAAGUGAGAUCGCGCGACGCUUAAAGACAAGUAGGAACACGGUUCGAUUGUGGAUCAGGCGUUUUGCGAUCUCAGGUCGGUUAGAGGCGCGUAGGUCGGGCCCGUUGGCUAAAGCGUACAAGGACGAUUCGCAUCGACACCGAGCCAUCGUUGACACGUACAGUAACGACCCCUACGCAAGCACUCGCACAAUUGCGACCAAACUGAAUAUCACCUUACAAACCGUGCGGAACCAUUUAAAAGCAGCUGGAUUGAGAAGAUGUCGCCAUCCCAAAGAAGACAAGUUAUUGAGCAGUGCUCACAAACGGGAUGAAGAAAACUUAGACAUCCGAAAUGAACCUAAUAUAAGCGCACCUACACAAAAAGCGGUGAAACGUACGCCACCUGAACCAAAAAUGCCCCAAAACGUACCAAAACGACCAAAACUGGGCCAAACAUUGACCAGUGGACCAAGGAGACCAAAGUUGGACGGUAGUGGCCCAAAAACGGCUCAAGAAGAAGAAAAUAACCUAAAAUUUACUGAAGAGACAUCUCCUGAAGCGAUCUUCGCAAAGGUUCAAAUAGAAAUAAAUGAAUUGGUCAAAAUUUUGGAUGAAAGACGCAGUAUAGAAUCGUUUAGAAAUAUGAGGUUCAAAUGUGACUCUUGUAUCCUCGGUUUUACGAAUCAUAAUCGGUUGCUGGAGCAUAAUAGGAAUUUUCAUAAUCAGGAGUUCGGCAGUUGCGAAUGCGCAAUUUGCGAGCGACGUUUCGGCGACGAGCGCCGACUUUCGGCGCACUAUCGCAACCACUUCGUCAAAUUCGUUUGCAAACUGUGCAACUAUGAAUGUUACACCAAAACCGGCCAAGCGAUACACUUCAAAAGGCAUAAGAGCGCUACGCAGGCAGCCAGUUCUUUAUUGAGGCCAAUAAAAACAUAUCAGCGAGCAUCAGCGAGUGAAAGCUCGUGCGAGUCGAGCACGUGAGCCGUUCAGCUCGGCGAGCAUGUUCGCGAACAUUCCUAAGACUGUUAAUUUUUUAACCCCCAACCCAAAAAGAGGGUUGUUAUAAGUUUGACGUGUGUAUCUGUCUAUCUGUUUGUGCCAUCAUAGUUCCUAAACUAAUGAACCGAUUUUAAUAUAGUUUUUUUUUUGUUUGA